GCCGCCGCCUUUACCAAGACCUCCUGAUUCAAUGGCAUGGCAUGUCGGGCGUGGCAUGUCCGACCUCAACGGACGGCAGCUGCAGGCCCCACAGGAGCAGAGCUGUCCUGUCUUUGCUGUUGGGCCUGACAUUGACGGAGACUGUCGCUGUCUUGAGAGCCAGCCGAAUUGCUUUCAGGACAGUCGGCAGCAAUGUUUUCGCGCAGAUGGCCGCCUGGAUCUCCACUACUUUGCUGUAAGCUGUGAGACUUGUAUGUGUCAGUCAUCCAUUGGCGAUAGCAGCUCCAACGGCGAGUCAGAGAUUACUUGUGCCACUGCAGAUGGGGCUCAGGAGGUGACACUGGCCCCAGAUGCAGCAGGUCUCUGCUACUGUCCCGACUCGUUGCCUCACUGCGUGCUCCUGCCAGAUGAGCUAGAAGGAUGUGUCGAAAGUCAAACCGCUGAGACUGUGCUCACAGAGGCAUUUCCAGCAGGUUGUGUUGCUGAGCGCUGUGCUUGCCGCGCUCCUUGCCCAUCUUUUGCGCAGAAAAGGUUUGCUGAUCCCUUGGGCGACUGUGCUUGCCCCACUUCGACCCCGCUGUGCUACGAAGAUGGUGUGCAGGGCUGCACAUCAGCAACAGGGACCACAUCCAAGGCAUACUUCGCGAGCAGCUGUGGUUCUCACUGUGAAUGCAUCCAGCAAUUCAACUACCAGUGUGACGCCAGGACCUGUUUUGCGAGCACUGACUGCAUCUUUUCGACGUGCAGGGAUUGCGAUAUUUGCAAAGGUAUCACCAGGUGUCCGACACCUCCUGGAGAUGAUACCGUUAGCCUUCCCGACUGGAGUGGAAACUGCCGGUGUCCAAAUCAACAGGUGUGCUUCGAAGGGGGGAGCAGAUCUCCUGGUUGUCCAAUUGCUCCGUCCGGACGCUCUCAAUUCUCCUUUCAGGUGACCUGUGUAGAUUGCAUUUGUGGUGAGCAAACAGGCAGCAGUGGCAACGUGAAGUGCCCCAAGUUCGCACGCGACAACGUCCCUGGUUUUUCGGGUGAUUGCAUUUGUCCAGAUGAACUGCCAGACUGCUAUCAAGAUGGUGUGAAGUGGUGCUUGAGGACUGACGGUCAACGAGAUCUGCACUAUUUUGACCCGGGCUGUUUGGAUUGUGAUUGCCGUGCGGCAACCCAAAGGAAUGGUACAGAUGAGCAGGUCAAGCCAUGCCCCAGCUUUGCCAAGUUCUCUGAGUCCAGCUCGUACCAGAAUUGCCUUUGCCCAGAUGACCUGCCCGUUUGCAUCCAGCAGGAUGGUGCAGCAGCGCCCGGUAGAGCUGGACCAUACUGCCGAGUUGCCCAGGGCUGGGACUCCUCCCGGGAGUUCCGGUAUGAUUGCACCACCUGUUCCUGUGUGGGCAUCGAUGGGGAGGGUUUGCAGCUUCGGGACUUCGCGCCGGAGGAGCUGUUGACAGCUGCUGGUGUCACCUACGUGCGCAUGAACCUUGCAUUUGAUAUUCGCCUUGUUAAUACCGACAAUUCUCUGAAUGAUUGGUCCCUGGUUUCAGAUCGAGUACUCCUCUCUGAGUCCAGCAGGCAAGUGAUUGCAGACGCUGCAGCCUUCGCAAUUACCGGGCAAGGCCAUUCGGUGAUGGGCUAUUGCAACGACUUGACGGAUGUAACUAGCAGGACUGUGAAUGGAGGAGACUACGAGGGCAUUCGCAUCCAUCGGCUGUUCGCAGAGUUGGGAGUCAUGUUUGCCGAAGGCUCAGGCAGGCGCUUGGCGAUACGAGACAGCGAGGAUCCGACUCAGCUGCACCACAGUCGGUCUUUGCAGAGUGUCAAAGCUGUGGACCAGCUGACCUUGCAAGAGCACGAGCUGUUGUUGAGUUUGUCGACCGUGUUUCGACCAAUGCAGUUCAAGCAGCAGCUGGAUGUGCAAAUGCAGCUCCUUUUGGAUGACAUGGCGAGCUGGCACCCAUCUCCCGGUGGCUUGCAGUGCAAAGUUACACCGAGACGAACAGUCCCGACUCUUCGCAAAAGGAUUCUUUUGGGUGAUGUGAUGGGUCUCCAAUCUGGAAACCUGCUUCACAAGGGAACACCAAGGCUUGGGGAAAAGAUAGGAGCAGGAGAAUCGGAGGCGGUCUUUUGGGUUGGAGAUCUCCAGCUCGAUGGUGCAGGUUUGGUGCAGCCUCCUCGAUUCUCUGUGAGCCGAGCACAGCUUGGAGAUCUUCAGGACCUGCCCACGCUGGAGAUCACUGGGCCGUUAGCACGCUCGCCACCAGUGACCAACAACAUGAAGGAUGCCCCAGAUGUAGGGACCAGCUCAGAACCCACGCAGGGAGAUCUUCCUCAAGAUGAGGGGAUAGAUCUCAUGUCCCUGUUGCCUGUGGGUAUCUCUGUGGUCUCUCUACUUGUAGCUUUGCCGCUGCUCUAUUGCUGCCUGCGCCGGUUCCGUCGCUGCCUGCGCCGCCGCCGCGAGAAGCGGAGGUCCAAGAGCUCUGACGGCUCCCGCUCGCCGCGCUCGCCGCGCUCGCCGCGCUCGCCGACCGGCUCGCCACGCUCGCCGCGGCCUGCGUCGCCGCGGUCGCCCCGGGGCUCCCCGCGGAAUGUGGCAUCGCCUCGCUCGCCCAAGCAAGGUGUUCGAGAGACCCGAGAGACGCCAGACCCGACAGAGUCAAAAGCCUCGCAGAAUCCUGAGGAGGUUACUGCAACCACUUCCUUCAAGCCCACCAACAGCAUGCGUGUUGUCCAGCAGGCGACUACCUCUGUUUUUGACAAGAAGAAGCCGAAUGAGUCUGCGGUGGGUGACCUGGCAAUCCGCCAGAAACUGGGGCAAAAGAGCACGAGUGCUGCAGCAAGCUCGGCUCUGGCCGAGACAGAGAGUGAUGAAAACAAGGGAAAGAGGGGCUUCAUGGGCCGGAUGCGCCGCAAAGACAAGGAGAAGGACCAGAAGGAGAAGGGGGGAAGCCCUAAUCAGUCCCCUCGCGCUGCAGAUAGGUCGCCUCGAAGUCCUCGAUAGCAGGCCAUCUGAGUGCCGUGUGGUACAACCUGGAGCUCCUGCAGGUUAGAGCUCCAGGUGCUAAUGGGCUGAGGCUGUUGACCGCCAAAGGUGGUGAACAGUCGAUGCAUUGGGCCAAAGAAUGCCUGGCAGCGAAAAAUGGAUUGAAAUGGGUG